AUGGAGACACGAAGACUUGCCCUUGAGGAACAAGCUAGGUCCAUCGAGAAGACUAUAAACACCAAAUCUACCAAUAAGGCUGCUCUUGAGGCUACCAUCAGAAGUGCCGAACUGUACUUUCAAGCCUUGAGUUUGACCGACAAGCCAUCAGAUCGCAAGAGGAUUGAUACGAGAUGCAAAGAACUACUUGCAAAGGCUGAAAAUCUCAAAAGUGCACAAGAUGCUUCUCCUAGACCUACCAGCAAGUCAUCAGUCCUCAAGGUACCAUCUUCUACCCGAAAACUCACGACGCGAGAAAACAUUAUCAUCCUCGAGGGGUCAAAGUUGAACGGUUUCGUCUUCAAGCCAUGGCUUGAUGUUCCUGCUCUCGACGAGUUCAGAUUGAACGAAGCUGAGCUUCCUUUCACAGACGUCGCCCCUCUGCCUCUAUCACCAGGGCAAUUGGAGUCCUUUGAUGGUUGGAAACGACCACAAGAUGCUUUGGCUUCAAUCAGACCUAGUCCGGUAGGAAAUACAUUUCCUGCUGAAGCAGUGAUGCAUAUUCCAGAGGAAAUGGAUCUCGUUCAGGACAUGACUUCUGAUUGUUCUGUUGUUGCAAGCCUGUGCGCGGGCACCUCUCGGGUUGAACGGGGCCAUCCCAAGAUCCUACGGUCCAUUGUGUACCCUUAUGACUAUGCAAACGAUCGAAUUUCUCUUUCACCAAAUGGAAAGUAUAUUCUAAAGCUAUACUUUAAUGGCUGUUGGAGAAGAGUUGAUAUAGAUGAUUACCUGCCCACGUCAAAGACCGCUCGAGUGCUUCAUGUCAUUGAUCGUCGACACCCAGGUUUGCUAUGGCCAGCGUUGGUGGAAAAGGCAUACCUCAAAGUCCGUGGGGGCUAUGACUUCCCUGGGAGCAACUCUGGCACAGAUUUGGCAGUCCUAACUGGGUGGAUUGCGCAGCAAGUAUUCCUCCACGAUGAGGAUGUUGAACCAGAUCAACUAUGGAAUGAAAUCGUUACUCAUUUUGGGGAUGGCAAUAUACUCCUCACCAUCGGUACCGGAAAGCUUCCUCGUCGUGAACAGAGACAUCUCGGUUUAGCUGCUGAACAUGAUUAUGCAAUCCUCGAGAUAGCUACAAGCAACGGUGCACGGGAGAUGCUUGUGAAGAACCCAUGGGCGGAUGGUGAUGUCUGGAAAGGUGCGACUCGACGUAAGCCAAACCACAUGGACGAACCCUCGACAGACACCGCCUCAAGUGAUGAGACUAUGAUGCCGGGGACUUUCUGGAUGGACUUCAAUAAUGUUUUCCAAUACUUUGAAAAUAUGUAUAUUAGUUGGAACCCAGGGUUAUUCUCCCAUCGGCAAGAUCUCCACUUCUCCUGGCAUCAAACCGAGCCAAAGUCAAUGGAGAAUAUAUUUGUCGACAAUCCCCAAUUUGCUGUUUCAUCAACAACAGCAGACGAGGUUUGGGUCCUUUUGACCCGUCAUUUCAGGACUGGUGACUAUACACAGGCAUCGACCGGAAAGAAUGGUUACAUCAGCCUUUAUCUUUAUGAACGAAAUGGACACAAAGUCAUCUCCAGCACUGGUGCAAAACGCCGAGGUCCCUUUGUUGACUCACCAAAUACGCUCCUUAGGUUCAAAAAUUCCGCAAAUAUGCCUUACACGGUCGUUGCGGUUGCUCAGGAUCUCCCUCCUGGAAAGAUGAACUUUACUCUGUCCGUAUUCUCGAAAUCUCAAGUCACACUCGCGGAAGCCCAACUCCAAUACCCUCAAAAGUUUACCAUCAGCUCUGCUUGGACUAGGUCGACGGCUGGAGGAAAUUCGGACUCACCCAAUUACCUAUCCAACCCGCAAUUCCGCCUGACAUUGACAAGGCUACAAAAGAUCGCACUCGUACUUCGUGUACCUGACAGUACACAAAAGCAGAUGGAUGGGCCACCCUCUGAGAUCCACGUCAAAAUUCUAGUUGCGUUCACGGAAAGUUCUCGGGUCACUCGCUUGAGGCUACGGGACGUUCAAGCACAUUCAGGGGACUAUCGGCGUGGCAGUGCCAUAGUUGAGACCGAAUUAGACCGUGGGAGUUACAGUAUCAUCUGCUCAACUUUUGACCAAAACCAGCAUGCAAACUUCACGCUGGACCUGUAUUCAUUCGAAACCACGGCCUCACCCCUGCUACCUCUGCCUGCCGAUGGAAGUGGGAGACUUAGCAUCCGAAGCUCACCCGCCGUGUUCACUAAAGACACCGACCGAGUCCUUGCACCACUGACCAUCGGAAGAAUGACUCGCAUCACGUUCGUCGCGCGUCACGAUGGACCUCUAAUCCCCCAGUCCUCGUCUCUUUUCAAAAUGACACUAGAACAAGGUCAGGGCCCUUACAAGCAAAUACUCGCCAGCAGCGAAUUUGAUAGUGAAGAAUUCAGUAGUGUUGCCUCUGGGUUGCGUGUGGGAGAUCUCGAUCUUCAACCUUCGAUGGGCGCUCAUGGCACAGGUGGACUGUGGUUGGUUCUGGAGCGCUUACCGCAGGGUCAGGGUGCUGAGGAGGCUUCAAGAGAUGAUAUUCUGAAGGUAGAGAUGUUUACCGACGAGAGAGUAGAGCUGGGUGCUUGGGGACGUGGUGAAGGUUGA